CCUGUGAGUGCUGUUUGAGAAUCACCACGAGUACGUCUUUUGACAAGGAUGUCGCGUAAGGAAUAUCGAAUCGGGAUAAUUUGAUAGUUUGGUAGUGUAAAUAGAAGAGCAGAAUGCAACUGCAGCGGUUGUUGGUAAUUCUAGGAGUCCUUUUGGCAUUAUCUUUGUUGGCAUGUUGUCAGUCUACCGGGAAAAUUACAUUUCAGGAUACGGCUACCGAACGCCAAGCAGAUAAACAAGAGAAUCUCAAAGAAGUUUCAUCGCAACAGAGAGGAUUUAAUCCUGUUCAACAUGUAGAAGAUUUAUUCAGUUACAUUGGUCUUGGAACUGGACGAAAUGUUGAUCCGUAUUUGGCAAAAGUCAAUGAACGUUGCUUAACUGGUGAUUUAGCUGAAUGUUUCAAAUCACGAGCAUUAAAUUAUUUUUCAGACUUUUUCGAUCAUGCCGAAUAUUCUUUAAAUGAUAAUGUCCAAAUUAAGCGAAUGUCUGAUCAAGUAAUAACGGAAGUAUAUCGGCAGCCAUACGAAUAUUCUAAUGAACCUAGGUCCGGUGAAACAGAAUGGGAUCAAAUGGUCAAUUUCAUGAAAAGGAAGAUGGAAAAGUUUGUUAAAACAAUGUCCUUCGAACUAACUAUUCCUAAAGUAGAAACUGAUCUUGACGAAGUUUAUAAACCGAGAUUUUUGAAUGAAAUUGCUGAUGAAAUCGAUACACUUGAGAACAAAAAGGAUUCGCUAUUUUCUCGUAAUCGACUCAAAAAACUUCUUAUACCGUUCUUGAUCAUCGUAAAGCUCUUCAAAGUGAAGCUAUUAUUAUUAUUGCCUUUAAUUUUGGGACUAGCUUCAUUCAAGAAGUUCCUUGGAUUUUUGGCCAUCAUCAUUCCUGGUCUAAUAGGUUUCUUUAAGCUUUACAAACCGUACCCACAUUAUUAUCCAGUAUACACUAAAAACGGAGUUGCUCAACCUCAUUACGAAUCACAUUCGAAUUUUGAUUAUCAUGGUGAUCAUUAUGGAAAUGUAGAUUCCUAUAGUCACGAUUUAGCAUAUCGCGGAUAUCAGCAUUAUAAAUCCUAAUUUAUCGAUUUAUUUAUUACAU